AUCCAAUGCUGCGGCAGCACCACCACGUCGAACGAGCCAUACAUCACCAACAUCCUGGGCCUGCUGGGCAUCGUCGUUUCCGGCGUCGAUGUGCCAAUUGGCGUUGACUUCUCUCCCAUCAGCGUCAUCGGCGUCGGUGGUAACAGCUGCAGCGCCGACCCUGUGUGCUGCCAGAGCACCGACGACGCCCAGGGGUUCCUGAUCGGCAUUGGAUGCGUUCCGGUUGACGUCUCUCUGUGA